AUGUCCGGCUCCCCGCCCGGCGUGGAGGAGGAAAAGAGGGUACAACCCCCGGUUGGAGAAGAGCCAAAGGAAAGAGGACGGGAGGCGACCAAGUCUCUUUUAACGACGUGCUGCCACUGGGACGUUGGGGAACGCUCUUCAUCGUCGUCGACCUUGCUUGUAAGUAUCCGUAUGAAGAGUCUGCAACGGAGGAGAGUCCAUCAACAGCCUCCAACAGGGGCGCAGCCGAGGGCUUCUCUCGGAAUCCUGAAUCGAACCUCUGAUACAUCUGGCCGCAGCUGGGUGCUGGCGGUCAACCUUGUUCUUGACAAGUUGAUCAUUCCGCCGGCAUAUGGCGUGGCACAAGAUGUGUCCCAAAGGGCUCGACUUACGUCAAGGCUGGAUCGACACGCCCGCCUGAAAUCCGACCGUGUGACCGCCGGCCUUCUUCAUGAGUUCACAAGCUGCUCACUCACUUUCUUCUUAGUAGAUGUCAACGGCGAUGAGUACAACUACGACAGUAACGACGACCAUGACACUGACGAAGAUAGCGUGCUCAUCACCAGCACGUACGUAUACGUUCUUGUGGUCAUGACAGACCCCCCCUUUCAUGUUGUUUUCGCGAGCGAGCGAGCCAGACCGACCCCUGCCCUGGGGAUAGCCUCCUCUGCGUCUCGUGAUAUCGAGGUUGGCCCCCAAGCUGCGCGUCUUGGAAGCGGCAAAUCAGAGAUGGCCGACGACGCACCCUCUCCGCCCCUCCCCUUCCCAAGGACGGCUUCAAAAGGCCAACCUGCUUUUUCAUGCCAUUCUCUUGGCUUGCCGGUUGUCCAGGCCUUGCCAUACACCCCGACCAUUCUCACCAGUCAGCACCCUAAGUUUAACUCGAUUUACCAGGCUGGGAAUGCAAUUUACCGGGUCCCUGAUCCUCCGACCCAAGCAGUCGGUACCCAAUGGCAGACGACAGAGUGCGAUAGCCCUCAAGCCACAAUCAAAACCCAAGACCCCCCCUUUCACCCGGCCGAGGUGGGCCGCCUCUCAUUGCUUUCACACCGCUUAGAUGGGCUAUACGCUGCCCAGCUGUAG